AUGGCGUCUUUCAGAGCCACUGGAAUAGCACCAUUCGAUCCUAAAUCUGUCUUGCGAAAAAUUCCAUCAGCAAACCUCGAAGAAGAACCUGAUCAAGUUGUCAAUAAUGUCCUGGUUGAAUACUUGCAACAGCAAAGAUUUGCAGCUGUACCAAGCAGACAAAAUGUAAGGAGGCAAAAGCUUGUAGUCGAAUCCGGAAAGAGUGUGUCUGCGCCUGUCGAAGAAGACUCAGAUAGCCAAUCCAGCGAUUCCAGUACGAAUUCUGGAUCAAGUUCUUCAGGAACUUCUGAAAAUGAAAACCCAGAAUCAAUUAUAACUAAUGCUGGAGAAGUUAAUCGGGAGAUAAAUCUUCAAGAUGAACCCAAAGUACCAGAGCAGGACCCCGAAAUUUUAAGUCUGUUAGGGAAGGAACCAUCUGGAAGCGAUUGA